ACGAUGAUGGGUUGGACCGGUGUAAGAGCAAAGAUCUUGCAAUAGUGGCAUGAAGUUACUGACAUCGGCAUUGACGUCAUCACUUUGGGUUGAUGGUAGCAGCCGCUCUCUCAGCCCAUCCGACCAUCGCACCACAGCGUAGAGAUCUAGUAGAGCUACGAGUAGGUAGAAAACCUUUCCGCUAGCCAGCUGGAUAGAGCUUCCUCCAACCAUGCCAUCACCGCCUGUACCCAUUGGAUAUCCAAGAAGAGGAUGGGUGCUUUGUUGUUGUCUUUUGCAGUUGACUUCAUCGGCGGGAGCUUGGGUGAAUCAUAUUGUACCCACUCAUAAUGCCAUCGUGCCGAACCUGCCCCAAUCAUUCAGGCAACGGCCAAGUUUCACAUGGCAAUUGGUCUCUUCCUGUGCAACUGCCAGCACUACCGAUACCGGCAGCGAAGAUACUGCUUCAGCCGUCGAUGAUGAUUUCAAGCCAUCCUUUUAUGACACCAAGGAAGUGAACAAAUGGGGCAAGCCAGUCUGGAAGGAAAGAAAACAGCUCUCGGAGGUCCAACUUGGUGAGAGACUGGAAGGAUACGUUGUACAGACAUAUUUAGAAGGUGCCACUGGUCCCAAGGUAUAUUUGGAAUGUGGAGUGGGACGCUACAAUCCACAACGGAAAACCUGGAAAAUGGUCAAUGCCAUGCUGCGGCUUGGACGAAAAGGGGCCAAAGAAUCCGUGACCCGAAAACGAUUAGCUCGAUUACGAAACAAAAAGAAUUUUGAAUGCUUUGUUUCUCGGGUGCUACUGGAUAAUGGGCAUUUAGAAGUCGUGUUGAAUGAAUACGAUGUCCCCGAAAGCCAGAACGAUCCCGUCAGCGUGUCAUCCCUGAAACCAGGCCAAGAAUUGGUUGGGACCGUUCAACGAGUGGUCCCGUAUGGAGUAUUCGUGGAUGUAGGAGCAAACCGUCCGGGGUUGUUGCACAUUCAAAAAGUUGCUGAUCUCUACGGCGUGUACAUUGACAAGGAUAAAGGGCUGGAAGAAGCAGGCCUCGAGAGAGGGGCCAAAAUUAAAGUACGAGUUGACACCAAUGAAAAGAAGCGCCUCUUUCUGGAUUUUACAGCAGAUGUCAAAGAGGAGGCUGCACGAGAACGACAAGAGAAGGAGAAGCAAAAGAAAGCACGGAAGAGCAGCGAAACUACAACAUCCUCACCGGUGGGGGCAGUGGCGUCAGCUGGAUCAGCGGCUGGGACCGUAACCUCGACGGUUGCUACGAACAACGACAGCCAGGACUCAAAAGAGGAGGAAGAUCCUUGGGCUGCCUAUGCAUCAGUGUACGAAGACGACAAUGGCAGCGGAGAUGAUGACGAUUACGACGACUACGACGAGGACCGUGAUAUUGAAGAUUCCCUUGGUCUUGGAACAUACUAACUUCUCAUAUCAUACAUUUCGUUGCUAGCUAGCUUGCCAG